AUGCUGCGCCCCUCCAACCUAACCUCUAUGGAGGACGCAUUUGUUCUCUUUCCGCAUGGAACAUUAAUCAACCGCCACAAGUCCGGCUAUAAGAACUAUCUACCUCAUGUCCGGUGCCGAAGUCCUCGCAGUAUUCGGCGGCAUUUCUUUAGUGAUCACGAUCUGCGAGACCUGUUCUGGAAUAGUCAGGUUCAUUCAGAUCGACCAUGGCUUUUGGUCUUCGAUGGCCCCAACGCCAUCGAUCCUGAUCCACUUUUGCUUGAGUUCAUUGCAGAUGGCCGCCAGCGCGACGUGAUUAUAACCACCGCAAGGCAAGCUACACGAUCUAGGGGUAUUCAAAUACCAAUAGCACCUUUUGCAGAAGAGGAUGCUGGACAAUUCAUUCUUCAUCAAUCUCUUGUCUCUUCGAGUCCCGGUCAAUUGAAUGCUGCAAAAGAAAUUGCGAGAAAGAUGGGGCGGCUACCUCUUAAGUUGCAUAUAACGCGGUCUGAGAUGCAGAGGAAGGGAUUAACACCCAGGCAAUUUCUGGCCCUGUUGGACAGAAGGGAGAGAAGAAAAGAGUCAGAUUCUACCGACGGAGUGGAUUCGGCCUACCAUGCCGGCCUUGAAGAAUUAAAGAACGACGAUGAUCGAUUGGCAGAUCUCUUGUUCCAACUGUCAUUUAUGGCUGCCCCGGCGGAGUUUCUGUUUAAGGACCGUUUUUUGGUAGCCCAGCUCCGGGGUGAAACCCUUCCUUCGUUUUACGGAUUGUUUAUUGAAGACAGGGAAUGGAGCUCCCAACUUUUCUUCUACGCAGUCACGUGUAUAGGCCUCUAUGGGCUAACUGAAACCGAGCUGGUAGGUGAGAGUGGUGCAAGGGGUCUACAAAUGCAUACGGUGGUGAAACAUUGGGCUCAAAGGAAGGUCAUUUCAGCGGAACCCUACCUCGGUCCUCGGAUCAUGCUCCGAACUACAGCUACCGUAGCUGCUUCCCUGUCAGCUAAUGACUGGGAAAUAAUCUAG